AAAAUACAUCGAUGUAUAUCGUCCAUCCCUAGUUUCCUGUAUUACCAAACAUAAUAUUUACAUUAUAACAAAAUAGCUGAUUGUAGUGCUGUCAAUUUCCUAAUCAGUGAUACAAAAUUAGACAAUUAAUCAAAGCUUUUCUCAGCAGAAAUGGAAAAACAUUUGGAAAGUUGUAUGGAUGAAAUAACAAAAUCACCUGGUGUUACUGGAUGUAUUUUAGCAGAUAAUCAAGGACUAUGCCUUGGAGUGCGGGGCAAAGCGUCGUGCCAGAGCUCGGGAAUCAUCGCUGCGAUAGCUAGCCAAGCAGCGCGACUGGAGCCGGGGGCCAAGCCGCCUGUCGUGUCGCUGGAAAAUGACAGCCGGCAGUGCCUGAUGCAGCAGAGUGGAGCCAUCACUGCUGCCAUCUACAAGGUGCACCAAGCCGCGUGAACCGACACUCCACUGGUCCGGUUGCAACCAGUCCAGUGCUGUACACGUCUCACCAGGGCCGUCCGGCAAAACCAAGGGCCCAGCGGCAUAUCAUUUUGACGGCUCCUCUCCGUACUAUUUAAUGUACAGCUUUAAAAUACCCACAAUUAAAAAUAUAUAUGUGGACUGUAAACAUGAUCUGUGCACAUUGCAUAUAACUCGUAGGUUUUCCCAUAACUUAUAUUAACAACAGACUUGUGACUUUCGUCCUGUCUGGGUAAACCCAAGCAUUAAAAAUAAUCUUGAAACUCAAUAGGGGCUCCCUUGACCCCAGGCUUCCCCCCUUUACCCUGCACCUUCCUGUUUACAGCCCUGUGUCUCAUUAGUUUUCAACACUGAAUCUGUAUUUUAUAAGUAUGUCAUAGGGGUAAUAUACUCUUAGAUUAUUGCCAAACUUAAGCAGGGGCAUGAAAAUGAGAAGAAAAAAAGGGGGGGGGGGGAGGGGUUGGAAUGGUACAAAGAAAUCUAAAUAACCCAACAGCUUGAACACCGGCACUUGGGUUAUUUAUAAUGAAAGUAGUGCAUACUGAACUGUAACUUAAUGUAAACUCAUGUUAUUGGGAUCUGAAAAUAUAAAGUGAAAACAA